UCAACUUGGAAGAUGAAUUUUGACAUUUUAUGCUAUAUUGUGCUGUUCUGUGGCUUGAGUUUAGCCCUCUUGAUAGACUUUGGGACCAUAACGGAAAAAGUGAACUGUAUGGAAACUAAGCUGAAGGAAAGUGAAACCAGGCUGAAGGACACUGAAAUGAGCCUAAAGGAGACUAUAACCCAGCUGAAAAAUACUGAGUCUAGGCUUAAGGACAGUGAGACAAAGCUGAAUCACACUGCAAACAGGCUGAAGGAGAGUGAAAACCAUAUUGUGGAACUGCAACACAAAGAGAGAACCAAGAUAAUAUUCAGUGCAACAUUAGGAAGAAGUGGACAUAUUGGACCUUUCAACACAGACACAAUCUUAGUCUACAAGGGAGUAAUUACAAAUAUUGGCAAUGCCUACAGUCCAGUAACAGGUGUCUUUACAGCACCCAUUGCAGGUGUUUAUUACUUUACCAUCUUCUGUCAUGCUAGAGGAGGUCGUUCUCAACGGCUGUAUCUGUACAAGAACAACGAGGUGAUGGUCAUGACCAACGAUCUCUCAACAGCAGACACUGAAACUGAUAAUGGAGGAAACGCAGUGUUCCUGCAGCUGCAGGAAGGAGACAAAGUUUAUGUGCUCAUGGAACAAGAAACACAUGUAUGGGGAAGCGAAAGCCAAACAACCUUCAGCGGUUGUUUGGUCACUCAAAUGUGA